AGUGUUUGCGAUUUUCUUACGUCAAAAAUGAACUUGAACAAGAUUUUCUUGGUUUUCGCGUUUCAAGUAAUGAGCGUUUUGGGAAAUAUUUGGUCUGGAUAUGACCCACGAGAGAUUUUCAAGGCCAGUGAUAAAGUUUUAAAGGCAUUUGAAGCGACUUUUAAUACCAAAGACGAGAAAAAAUGUUUGAAAGAUUUUAAAUUUUUCACUAAGGAGCUUCAUUUAGGUCGAGAAUGGACUGAAAAAAUGAUAAACUCUUAUGGACGCCUCCCUCAAGGAAUUUAUUCAGGAAACAAAAUCGACUAUGGUUAUUUCGAUCAAUGCCUCAAAAUCGACACAAAAAUCGAUAUUAAACCUCAAUAUUGUCUCCUUCCUGUUAAAAGUCUUCAUCAAAAUCAAUCCAUGGACUUCCAGAUAGGAAUUUGCGUUCCAGAUUCCUGUUCGACGACACAAGUUCAGCAAAUAAUGAAGUCAUUACUUAAUGAAAUCGGCUUCACAAGUGACAAAAAGAUGGAUGAAUGUGUCGAUACAACUCCCGAACGCUUUGGAAUGCUAGAAAAAUGCACAAUUUUAGUCGUUUUCGGGAUUAUUUUGAUAAUUUUCAUCAGUACUGUCUAUGAAUUGGUUCAAAAUUAUCGAAAAGCUAAAACAAGUGCUUUGAUGACUUCAUUCUCACUUCAACGUAAUUUAACGUAUUUAUUAGAGCCGAAACAGGAUCCCAACAUGAUUGAAUGCAUCAACGGCAUUCGCGUUUUUACCGAUGGCUGGAUAAUCGUCUUUCAUUUGUACUUUUUCAUGCGAAAUUACAUGCGUUCCGUGCAUAAUCCAGAAGAUCUUGAUGUGUGGAAAAAUUCCAUUUGGAAUAUUCUGACGUUACAAUCUCAUUUGGCAGUUGACACCUGUUUUCUUAUCGGAGGCCUUUGCUUGUCCUACAAUUUUAUGAUUGCUCGAGAACGGAGAAAUAAAUUUAAUUUGUUCAAAUUUUACUUGCAUCGUUAUAUUCGCUUGACUCCGGCUUAUGCUGCGACAAUGGUUUUGCUGAUGUUUGUGUAUAACGUGAGACCUGGACCAGUAUUUGAGCCAAAAAAUUACAUGGGAUUGGAUUCUUGUCGUCGUUAUUGGUGGGCAGCCCUGAUUUACUCACAAAUUUACACAAAUUGUGACGAACCGUGCAUGCCGGUGACUUGGUACUUGAAUGUCGACAUGCAUUUGCACAUCAUUUCGCCAAUUUUGUUGUUUGCUUUGUGGAAAUUCGGUUACAAAUGCAUGCCAGUAAUAGUUUCCUUGAUACUUUAUUCAAUUUAUCAACUUUAUACGAUAGCCAUGACGCAUCAGAUCCACAUCGCGGAGAUGUUUGAGCUUACUUCGAAUGUCGCGAUGAAAUUUUAUUGUCCAACGCAUGUCCGUUAUGCCACAUGGCUCAUGGGAGUGACUUUGGGCUUCAUUUUGUACAAGAAAAGGAACACUCCGAGCACUUUAUCGACUUUCAAAAACGUUUACAUCUGGAUCAACGUAAUAAUUUUGACAAUUUACACCGUUCUUGGUGCCCAUAUUUGGCGCGAAUGGCAAACAGACGUUCAAAUUUCCGCUUAUUUAGCUGCCCCGCAUCGCGUUGUGUGGACUCUUUGUAUGGCGUGGAUCGUUUAUGCCUGCAUUCGAGGUCGCGGGGGUUUUAUCAACUGGUUUUUCUCGCUGCCAUACUGGAAACCGAUCGCAAAAUUGAAUUAUUGCAAUUAUUUGAUACAUCAACCGUUUAUUGUCUUGAUGGCGAGACUUUUGCGUGUCGAAUUGCACUUUGACGGAUGGAUUUUCUUGAUCAUGGCGUUAGGAGUUUACUUUUUUUCGCUGGUUAUGUCGAUUCCGUGGACUCUCAUGUUCGAAAUUCCAUUUUUGAAUGUGGAAAAAGCGAUUUGGGGAAUUAUUGAAGAACGCAAAACGAAGGAAAAGGCAAAGAAAAUCGAAUAAAAUGGACAAGAAAAUGAUUUUUUUUU